GCAGAAAUGUAGUCCUUCUAAAGAACUACAGUACGUAUUCUUCUCUUCCGUGUCAACAACCAGAAGUGGUCUAACAACUAUAGUCUACAAUCAAGUAAUAACGAGAGCUAUUUGGCCAGUGUUCGUGUUGGUCUGAGGUGGUGAUCAGCAUCAUGGAGAUGGUUAUGAACAUCCUGAAGAUGCCAGUGUCCAGUGGAGUAUCUGUGUCCCUGGGCCUGUUCAUGAUCUUCCUGGCUCUGCUCUACUGGUAUGCUACAUUCCCCUAUUCAGCCCUGGCUCGAUGUGGAAUCAGGCACCCCAAACCGUCCCCGUUCAUUGGGAACAUGUUUCUAUUUCGUCAGGGCUUUUUCGGUGUUCACACGGACCUGAUUCACAAGUAUGGGAGAGUAUGUGGAUACUAUCUAGGCCGGAGGCCCGUGGUGGUGGUAGCUGACCCUGACAUGCUCAGACAGAUCAUGGUAAAGGACUUCAGCACCUUCCCCAACAGAAUGACGAUCCGGUCUGCCACUAAGCCCAUGAGUGACUGUCUGCUGAUGCUGAGGAAUGAGCACUGGAAGAGAGUACGCAGCAUCCUCACCCCCUCCUUCAGCGCAGCCAAGAUGAAAGAGAUGGGUCCUCUGAUCAACAUGGCCACGGACACCCUGCUCACCAACCUGAAUGGACAUGUCGAGUCUGCAGAGAGCUUUGACAUUCACAGGUGUUUUGGCUGUUUCACCAUGGACGUGAUAGCCAGCGUGGCCUUUGGCACCCAGGUGGACUCUCAGAAGGACCCAGAUGACCCAUUUGUUCACCACGCCCAGAAGUUCUUCUCUUUCUCCUUCUUCAGACCCAUCAUGUUCGUCUUCAUUGCUUUCCCAUUCCUGGCUCCUCUGGCCCGGUUCAUCCCCAACAAGGGGAGGGAUGAGAUGAACAACUUCUUCAUCAACUGUAUCCAGAAGAUCAUCAGACAGAGAGAUGAGCAGCCUGUUGAAGAGCGGCGGCGAGACUUCCUGCAGCUGAUGCUGGACACGCGCAGCACCAAGGAAUGUGUCUCUCUUGAACACUUUGAUGUGGUGAACCGUGCUGAUGAACUGGCCCACACACACCACUCCGGAGAACAAGAAAAUGGCGGCGCCGGCAGCCACGAGUCGCCCGACAGGCGCUCGGUCCAGACCCAGAAGAGCACGAUGUCGGAGGAUGAGAUAGUGGGUCAAGCGUUUGUGUUCUUCCUGGCGGGUUACGAGACCAGUAGCAACACGCUGGCCUUCACCUGCUACCUCCUGGCUCUACACCCAGAGUGUCAGAGAAAACUACAGGCUGAGGUGGAUGACUUCUUCACCAGAUAUGAUUCACCAGAUUAUACCAAUGUGCAGGAUCUGAAAUAUCUAGACAUGGUCAUAUCCGAGGCUCUGCGUCUCUAUCCUCCUGGUUUCAGGUUUGCCCGGGACGUAGACGAGGACUGCAUGGUCAACGGACAGUUCCUACCGAAGGGAGCCACUCUGGAGAUCCCUGCAGGCUAUCUGCAUUAUGAUCCAGAGUACUGGCCCGAGCCAGAAAAGUUCAUCCCUGACAGAUUCACAGCGGAGGCCAAGGCCAGCAGACACCCUUUUGUGUACCUGCCGUUUGGGGCGGGGCCCCGCAGCUGUGUGGGCAUGAGGCUGGCCCAGCUGGAGAUCAAGAUGGCCCUGGUGCACGUCUUCAGGAAGUUCAACAUUGUGGCCAGCACAGACACUAAGGUUCCUCUGGAGUUGAAGUCUCACACCACGCUCGGUCCUAAGAAUGGCAUCUAUGUGAAAAUCACUAAAAGAGAGACAGAGGGAGAACCAGUGACUCCCCCUGCACAAGAAGAAUAGAAGCUCUGUUCUCCUUUAUCGGCUCUUAUGAAACUGAUACAUCAUCCAUCCAAUGAAUGAGCUUAUUUUAAGGAUAAACAUAAAGUAUCACUAACCUAGCCUGGUCCCAGAUCUGUUUUUGCUGUUUUGCUAACUUCUAUGGUCAUUCUCACCGGUUUGGUGCUGUCCCUUUAGAUAGUUGGCAAGACAGCACAAACAGAUCUAGGACCGGGCUAGCAUUAACCUCUUCUUUAACUAGAAAAUCUCAAUUCACGUGCCUAUCCCUGUGUCUUGAUCCCCGAUGGACCGGGUUGAGUGAAGUGUACAGAGGAGCAGCAGCAUUACUAUGGUAAAUGACCAUUAGCACAUGAAAAGUGAGGUUGGGCCAGGGGCGGCUCACCUUUUUAAUCAGGCAGUGUGCUGGACAGAGGUCAACACCUCAUCAAGGCCCCCGAGGCCCCUGCCAAUGGCACAUCGAUCGCCAGUGUGAUUCUGCAGGACUAGCGAGAGAGAGAAAGAGAGAAAGAAGCAGGCUGGGGGAAAUCACAUUGCUCAUGUCUCCGCCCUAACAAUGGGAGUCGUUGUCCCGAAGGCGGGAAGGCAGGCGACAAGCUUAAGUCCAAAAUAAGUCCAUAGAAACGGGCUUAUUUUGCCAUAGAAACGGGCUUAUUUUGGCGAGAGUGAAACCUCUCACUUCGCCUCUUCCUCUCUGGUUGGGGGGAGGGGAAGACUGUGGAAAAGGCUGUCCUGAUUACAAUAGAACAACAACACACUUUGACCUCUGUAUAAAUUCAUAUUGGACUAUUGAUGUUAACAUGCCCGUGAACUAUUAAAUCAUCAUUGUAUGUCUAAUAAA